AUGAGUAUGACACUGACACCGAAUCCGCGACCAACCGAACAAUUGCUUGAAACUCUCAACUAUGUAACUUCGAAUCUUGAUUUUUACUUUAGGUUUAUAAAUGGAGGUGAAUUUUAUGGGGCUGAGGACGCUAAUUUGAAGCUCUUGAAAAAAUUUGUUGAUGCUAAUAUGCCAGAGUUUAAUCGUAGUCUAGUUAUUAGUAUCAAAGGAAGUUUGGAUCUUACUGCUUUCACCAUAAGCAGCUCCAAGGAGGAAGUCUCUCGUUCAAUUGAAAAUAUCAUAUCUCAUUUUCCUAAAGAUCUUUCUUUGAGACCCAAAAUUAUCUUCGAACCUUGUAGGGUCGAUCCAAAAGUUCCAUAUGAGGAGACUAUUGGGUGUGUUACAGCAUACGUCAAGGCAGGCAAAAUCGACCGUGUUUCUAUUUCGAAGUUGUUGCUGAAUCUAUCAGAAAGGCUGUUGGGGUUUUCCCUAUAUUUAUAG